UGCGCUCUGUGAGCUUCUCCCCACCUCCUUUGAAGACUAGGCAGACAAGGGCUGGGCAAUGGGAGCAGUACCUUAACUGGAGCAUCCUUACUUGAGUCACACCUAAGCUAUUUCUUUUCUUUAAUGACUCGAACACUGUUGCUCUAAUUUGAAUAAGAUUUUGCUGAGCGCUGAGAGACUCUGAUCUGCUGAUCUGCAGUUAGAUCCUGAUGUGCAGAUUUAUUCCACAGACAUCGCAAGGUCCACUCUUAAUGUCCUGUUGAAGAAAGGACUGAUGGAUUUUUAUGAAACUCAUCCCCUGGGGAAGGUGGAUUUGUCCAGCAAAAGGCCAGUCUUGGUUCUUCAGAAUGAGACACUCUACUCCCAGAGGCGACCAUAUACCAGUGAGGAUGAAGCUUGGAAGUCCUUUCUCGAAAACCCUCUUACAGCUGCUACCAAAGCCAUGAUGAGUAUCAAUGGGGAUGAAGACAGUGCUGCUGCCUUGGGCCUCUUAUACGACUACUACAAGGUUCCCCGGGAAAGGAGAGCAUCAGCAGUGAAACCAGAUGUAGAUCAUUCUGAUCAAGAUCAUGGCAAAAGGAACAGUAUGCCAAACAUGGCGGAACAGUCACUCAUUUCUGCUGGGGAAAACAGAGUACAAGUCUUGAAAAACAUGCCUUUGAAUAUCGUGCUUCCACACACUUCCCAGAUGGGUGUUGACAAGAGAGGCCACCUGACUACUCCCGACACAACUGUCACAGUCUCCAUUGCAUCCAUGCCUACCCAUUCAAUCAAGACAGAAGCUCAGUCGCACAGCUUCACAGUGGGCAUCCCUCCAGCUGUCUAUCACCCGGAGGCACCUGAGCGGGUGGUGGUUUUAGAUAGGAGCCUCAACGGUGACCAGUUUAGCUCUAGUGCCCAGCCUCAGAAUUCCCAGCGGCGCACUCCAGAUUCCACCUUCUCAGAGUCUUUCAAAGAAGGCGUGCAAGAGGUUUUCUUUCCUGCUGAACUGAAUCUCCGGAUGGCCGGCAUGAAUUCUGAAGACUAUGUGUUUGAAAGCAUUGCUGGGAACAACUUUGAAUACGCACUGGAAGCUUCCAAAUCACUUCGGCAGAAGCCAGGAGAUAAUACAAUGACUUAUCUAAACAAGGGCCAGUUUUAUCCCAUUACACUAAAGGAGAUUAGUGGUGGUGAAGGAAUCCAUCAACCCAUCAGUAAAGUUCGAAGUGUCAUCAUGGUUGUAUUUGCUGAAGACAAAACCAGGGAGGAUCAACUCAGGCACUGGAAAUACUGGCACUCCAGGCAGCACACAGCCAAACAAAGGUGCAUUGACAUAGCUGACUACAAAGAAAGCUUCAACACCAUCAGUAACAUUGAGGAGAUAGCCUAUAAUGCCAUCUCCUUCACUUGGGACAUUAAUGAUGAAGCAAAGGUCUUCAUUGCUGUAAACUGCCUCAGUACAGACUUCUCAUCUCAGAAAGGUGUUAAAGGGCUUCCUCUGAAUCUUCAGAUUGACACCUACAGCUACAACAACAGGAGCAACAAACCUGUCCACAGAGCUUACUGCCAGAUUAAAGUAUUUUGUGACAAGGGGGCAGAGAGGAAGAUUAGGGAUGAGGAACGAAAGCAAAGCAAAAGAAAAGGCAAGUGCACUGACCCCAGCUCCCAGCUGAAUGCCUUUUCUGAUGUCAAAGUGCCAAUGCUUCCCUCCCACAAGCGUACAGAUAUCACUAUUUUCAAGCCAUUCAUGGACCUUGAUACUCAGCCAGUUCUCUUUAUACCUGAUGUUCACUAUUCCAAUCUUCAGCGUGGAGCUCAUGUCUUCCCUAUCGCAUCUGAUGAACUGGAGGGUGAAGGAGGCUCUGCCAUGAAGAGGGGGCCUUAUAUAAAUGAAGAUGAUUUUGCUGCCAUUCCAGUUAAACUGUCUCGAAUAGAAGAACCAAAGAGAGUGUUGCUAUAUGUCCGAAAGGAAACAGAAGAAGUCUUUGAUGCACUUAUGCUCAAGAUUCCAUCUCUGGAAGGUCUCAUGGAAGCUAUAUCUGACAAAUAUGAUGUCCCUUUGGAUAAAAUUGGGAAGGUCUUCAAAAAAUGUAAAAAAGGCAUCUUGGUGAAUAUGGACGAUAACAUAGUAAAGCACUAUUCCAAUGAAGAUACCUUCCAGUUACAGAUUGAAGAGGCUGCCGGAUCUUACAAGCUCACUCUCACCGAGAUCUAAAACCUAGCCUGUUGGGCCCCUUGUGGGGCUUUUAAAUGAAGGUUGUGGACACAAACCUCUCAUUACUUUUGUCCUCAGGAUUUAAAUGUGUCUUUAGGGAAGAAGCCAUUUGUCCUUCGAGAGAAGAAUAUAUUUUGCUGUUGUUUAACAGCACAUCCACAUUUCUGUCCUUUGGCAGCAACACUGCACUUGGAAUAGAUGAACAGAAGACACUGAAUUAAAAAAAAAAAUCCAAAUAGCAGAUUUUACCGAAGCACUAUAAAAUGGCUUUUUUGUGAUGACAUCUGCACAUCACCUUUGCCUAUUAAAUGUGUGUGGGUUUGUUCAUCAGUUCAUAGCCUCCUACAGGGCCUUUCCCUCCACUGAGAGUGGCUUCAGAACUCCAAAUGAUGCUUACAGGAGUUCCAGAGAGAUGUGGGACUAGACUCUUACAAUGUUUACGGCUGAACAGGGCAUAUUGCUAUAAUCUACUUCUACGAUAUUUGAGGGAUGUCAAACUGCCUUGCUUUAUGAAGAACUUCCUUUAAAUUAGUAUAUGAAUCCCAUUGAUGAGCUGUAUUUGUAUAUAAGUGCAGUGUAUUUUGAAGGGGUGUAAAUGUGUACAUAUUAGACUUAUAUAUAAUAUAUAAUACUAUAUAGAUAUGUGUGUGUGUGUAUAACACAAGAGUGAAUAAAUGUUGUGAAGCCUAUCUGGAAGGACUAUAUGUAUAUAAAUAUAAUGUGGAGAAAAGCAGUCUCAGUUCCAAAUUAAAUUUAUGCUGCACAUGUUCAGUCCCCAGUAAGGGGGGGGAACCCUGCUUCUGCAUAGCAUAUUUAAUCUUUAUUAUCAGGAGCAGAGAUGGGUCUAGCUCCAUGUAAGUAAUUAAGAUCAAGGUUAGCAGUAAUGUAUUAGUCCAGUAUAGCAGCAAUUUGUGUGUGUCUUUAUUUCCCUCCCAAGGUAUAAAUGUGAGGAAGUGUAGGCCACAUACAGCCUCCUUGAAGUUUUGAGGUCUUGAACCUCAGGACCAUAAGCCAGUCUAUCUCUGACCAUUUUUUUACCACUGAGCUUCACUAUGAGCACAGUAUUUUUAGGGCAAUUCAGACCACCUAAUGGCAGCAUAUCUCUGCCUACAAAAUAUGGACGAGCUUCAUGGCCCUGUACAUGGCUGCAUACCUCCUUUCACAUGAGUGAGUGAACAAGCUAGGAUGUCUUCAGUUAACUAUAGUUUCCCAUUGCAUCCUAGUCAGUAAAGUAUGAUUAACGGCUUCAGGCCAAGCCAGAAUGUGAAGCCAUGGUUUAAAGUUGUGUGACAAUUCAUAUUAAGGAAGGAACAAAGCGGCUGUGUGCAGGGCCAUGGGCUCACUCAUAUCUUGACUUAAUAAGCAGAGAUAUGAUAGUCUGAAUGAGCCCAUUACCUUUUAUCGUAUAAUUUAAUCAUUUCAAUUAUACACCAUAUUACUUCUGUGACCUUCUCAUGUUAGCUUAAUGGUUAAUUUAUGGUUCUGUUUUGGUACUACCCCUCAUGGAUAUAUGGUGCUGUUAGUGAUUUACAGUGACUGUGAUCAUGAAUAGAAAGUGUUUCACUUUUUUGUUAUUGAUGCCAAAUGGUAUAAAGCCAUGUUUUCAAGAGUAACAGAAGUCUUUAACGGAGUAACAGAAUUUAUUGUUUAAAUUGGAUGUAAAGAAUCCAAAUUGGCUGACCGAAGGAAUGUGGUAGCUUCAAUCUGCUUCAAAUAUUACGAGAAGCAGCAUAGUUGAUGCCCAAACCAGAAACUUAAUGGGAACCUACCUCUUCAGGGGUAACUUCUACCUAAACAAUUUCCUAUAUGAUUAGAUGACUUCAUUUUGAAUGCCGCACCACAGGGGGCCUGUGUAGGCUCACCAAGCCUACUUAAGCAUGAAGCAUCAAAACAGCUGCUGUCCAGUUAUGGGGUUUCCCAGCACUGACAAACACUUCAUUGUUAAUUAUUCCAAAAUGUGGGCUUAAAUUCUCUUACUUGAUUAUUUUUUUGCUGGUAUAUUGUUUUUAAACUUCUCUUGUUAGCUUCUUAUUAACGCCCCUACUAGGGUCAAAAAGCAGGAUAUAAAUAUGUUUAAUAAAUACAUGUUGAUAAAUUAGUACCAGACCAAGAAAGACUCUACAAAAGCCCAUUUCAAGAGGCAUUUGUGUAAUAAAGGUAAUGUCUUGGCUGAGGGAGGAAUUAGAUUCAGUUGCAUUUAAAGCUGAAUCUAUCAAAUUUGCACGUUCCAGAACAAUAUGAGAACCAAAACACAGCCAUCCUUUCAAAUCUGCACUUACCCAAAUUUUGCAAUGUAGUUCUCCAACAAAGAAUGUUUACAAAAAUGCUGAUACUAUGGGUAAGUGUCCAUAAAAAUGAAUAUAUUAAUGAAACAAUGUACAAAAAUUGUUAUACUAAGAGAAAUUACUUGCAAAAAUGUGUACAUUAUGAGUAUGUACAAAAACAUGUUUAUUAGGAGAGGCUUGCACAAAAUGCUGAAGAAUUUUCAUGAGGAAUUCUUUUAAAAAAAUAAAAAAAUUACUGCAGAUAUUCAGAGAACUGAAUUUAAGAUUGGAAAAAUGAAACACUGAGAGAACCAAAACUGACAGAUCCUUCCAACCCUACUGUCAGCUUGCUCUUGAUUUCUCAGCACAGAAUAUUCCUGUAUGCUGCCCAUUGUGCUCUUUGCUAUGUUGAAAACCACUCUGGUCAAUGAACACUAAUUUUGCUUCUCCAUUGUGAGUGUUUGUUCUGCAUGUGAGUUACCCGGCAGCGGAACCCUGAAGAAAGAAAUAUGUAAAGUCAACUGUAUAGGUGGAAAUGAACCCACAAGAGAACCUUUCCUAAAGAAAAAACUUGAAUUGGUUUUUAACAGGCAAAUAUCUGCUGGUUCAAAAAAUAAAUCUGGUUAUCAAAAACAACCUUUGAAUAUGCUACAGUUUACACUUCAUAUAGUUAGCUAAAAGAUGCUUUGAGAAGGGAAUUUUAUACGCACACACACAUUAAGUGAAUACUUUUAUGUCUGUAAAAAACUGAAAUGUUACUUCCAUAAGUGAAAUUGACUAAGGGGGAAAAAUCAGGGUUUUUCUUUUUUGUAAAAGGUUGAAUUGAUGCUUAUUUAUAUACAGUGUCUAAACUGCUGAUUGCUUUUCUGGGACAUGGGGUUUAACUGCAGCCAUAUUUAUAUAUAUGUUCUAUGGAGCUGAUUAUGGUCUCUAUUUUUGUCUGUCUGAAAAAUUACUGUAAAAGCAAGAACUAUUAAAUUUUAUAUGUCUCUUUGUAACCAUUCUGUUAACUUUACCCAAUGUUAAUCAUAAAUUUAAAUGUUUCCUUGGAGUAUAGGAAGCCAAUCCAAUGCUCACCAGUAUCUCAGACUGUUAUUGUUCACUGUCACCUCUACUUUGCACCAUUGAUCACCAUGGAAAGCACUUACUGGCAUUUAUAUGACAGAAUGAUGAAAAGUAAGGGAGAGGUAAAGGGGAUACAAGAAAUGCUCUAUGUAGCUUUCCCCCAGUAUCUGCCAGUUACUAUACAUGUACUCAUGUAGGAAGUGGUCUUUUUAACAGAGCUUGGCAAGCCACUGUUUUCUUUAUCAACAAGAUGGGGCUGAUGGAUUAUUAUCAGAUGAAAGCAAAACUUAUUUUGCUGGGUUGCCCUAAUGAAAAUCUUGAAAUUGUUCAUCUUGUAAAGCAAAGUUAGUUCCUGUUUCAUACCAUGAAUAACCAUUCUGUUCUGUGUUCUCUCUCACACACAGAAUAAUUUGCUGGUUGUGAGGAUUUCCCCCUUCAUUCAGUUUUUCCAUGAAACAUUUUUUCUAUAUUUAAAGCCAGGGAGGGGAAUCUGUGUCCCUCCAGAAUGGAUGCUCUUGGACUACAACUCCCAUCAGCCCCAUGCGGCAGGGAUCAGGGAUGCUGGGAGUUGCAGCCUGACAACAUUUGGAGGCCUCUGAUUUAAAGUCUUUUCCUUAAGAUAAAGCUUGGGGAAAGUUGCUGUGUCAUAGGGUUUUUGUACAGUUUCUAUUCUCAUCCUGUAAAUUUGGUUUGCUGAUUUCUUGUGGUUGACUAUAGGAGUUUAUUAUUUUGUGGCAGCCUUCCCAAGCCUGGUGCCCUGGCCUCUCAGUGUUGCUGGACUACAAUUCCCAUCAUCCCUAACCCAUUGGUAUGGUGGGGGGGGUUGAUGGGGGUGAAUUCAAAAUAUCUGGAGUGCACCAGGUUAGGGAAGGCUACAUGAAGUCUGAAAUGAACCCAGGAAUAUUCCAGUCAAUGUCCAUACCAUUUUAGAAAUAAACAGCACUGUUGACUAAUGUUGGCUUUAGAACAAAUUUGAUGCUCUUGGGAGCACCACAUAUCUGUAGUGCUGUCCCUGUUAUUCUCAACAUAAAUUUGGUAUACUUCUGCUGGAGACCUUAAGGGGCUGUCCUUAUUGGAAUUAAGUGGUAUGUUAUGGGUUUGGGGUUGAGAUGGAUGAUUUCUAUGAGUCCCCUUCCAGCCUCUGAUUUGGAACCCUGCAUCUGGGGGUGAGAAAUCUGCUCUGCUGGCCAGAUCUCCCAUUGUUAGUCUAAUAGAGGGGGCAGGUGAGUUAAUGGGCUUAUCCAAGUGGUGAAUGAGCCAGGGAGAUCCUAUUAUUGAAACUCUUCAGGAGAGCCCCCCCCCCUCCUGAGGCCAAGGAGAGGCUUGUGUUUUGAGUUGAGUCUGAGGUAAGGCUGGGAACUAGAGGCAGGCAGAGAGACUGGGUUUCAUGGCUUUA